UGCCCAUUAGAUGGAUAAAAUAGAGGAAUGAUGUACCUAGUGGCAGGAGAUAAUGAAAAAAAGGAGAGCUAUUUAUAUGUUACUAUGCUUUACCAUUAUCAAUGCUAUAGGAUGUUUGGUUUUGUACCAUAUGUUAGAUGUUAGACCUAGAGACCAGUUUACACAGGCUGUCAGAUGGAUGUAUGAGGAAUAUAUCAGGUAUGAUCAUCCAUGUUUUACUGAACCCAACCAUGUUAUUAUUGAAGUUCCAGUCACAAAUGUAAACAAAAAGUACUACAGGAACCAUCUGAUGUGUUCUGUUAAUGAACAGUCCAAGUGGGAAGCAGAUAUCAUUAUGGAAAAGGAAAUAGAUAAGUUGAGACUAUCGUACCCCAAAUAUGUUUACCCAGUCAGUGGAUAUCUACAACUUAUAACUGUGGAUAGAUGGAACAUCAAGAAGUUGAAGGUCAUCAUUAUGCCUCAUUCUCAUGUGGAUCCAGGUUGGAAGUCAACUCUACAAGGUUACUUCACAACUUAUGGGAAAAACACCCUAAACAAUAUCAUAUCAAUGUUGUCUAAGAACCAGAGUACCAAAUUUAUAUGGUCGGAAAUGGUUUUCUUAUCAGAAUGGUGGAAUCAGGCUAGUCAGAACAGGAAAGAUGAUCUUAAACGAUUGCUUCAUAAUAAACAGUUAGAGAUAACAACUGGGGGAUGGGUGAUGACAGAUGAAGGAACAGCCCAUUACACUGCCAUGCUCGAUCAGCUGAUAGAAGGUCAUCAAUGGCUUCAACAAAAUUUAGGUAUACAUCCAAGUGCUGGAUGGUCUGUAGAUCCAUUUGGUCAUUCCCCAACCAUGGCAUAUCUUGUGAAACAUUCUGGCAUAAAUGGCAUGGUUAUUCAGAGAAUUCAUUACAGUAUAAAAAAACAUCUAGCAGAGCAGAGGAGUUUGGAGUUCUUCUGGAGACAGGGAUGGGCUUCAACUGACUCAACAGACAUAUUUUGCCAUAUGAUUCCAUUUCUGUCUUAUGCCAUUCAGCAUUCCUGUGGACCAGAUCCUUAUGUGUGUUGUCAGUAUGACUUCUUUAAGAAGCAAUGUUAUCAUGGAAGCAAGAAAGUUGAUGUUCAAUCUAUUGACGAUAACAACAUUGAGUCUUUAGGUGAACAACUGUGGGAACAGUUUCAGAAGAAAGCAGAGCUUUACAGAACUGGUGUUAUUCUGGUACCCCAUGGUGAUGAUUUACGGUAUGCUACAUCACUGGAAUGGCAUAAUCAGUUGAUCAACUUAGAAAAAUUGAUGACUUAUAUAAACUCCAGGUCUGAUUUUCAUACAGAGGUUAAGUUUGGAACAUUAUCAGAUUAUUUAAAUGAAGUUGCAACAUCUAAGACCAGAUUUCCAACCUUAUCUGGGGAUUUCUUCACAUAUGCAGAUCGUGGGGAGGAUUACUGGAGUGGAUACUAUACAACACGUCCACAUUAUAAACACAUAAUCAGACGUGUACAAGAUUUACUAAGGUCAUUAGAAAUUCUGUUUACCUACUGUCUUGCUGAUGCUGUCAGGAAAACAAACCAAACAGUAAUUCACUCUCUUACUGACAAAAUUGGUGACCUUAGUUAUAUCAGACAACAGGUGGCAUUGUUUCAACAUCAUGAUGCCAUCACAGGAACUUCUACUUCUAAAGUUAUGAAGGAUUAUGGGAAAAGAUUACAUUCAGGAUACCAGAAAGGCAUCUUGUUGUUAGAGAAGAUGUUGUCAUACUUAGCAAAGGAUGACAAAGAACCAGAAGUUGCAGAAAAAAUGAGUCUGACUUUUAACUGGACACAGCCACACAAAUUUAUUGACCAGAAAGUAAUUAAUCUAAGUAGUCCAAAGUAUUUAUUUUUGUAUAAUUCUUUGAACUUUGAAAGACAGAGUGCAGUAAAACUACAUAUCAACACCUUAAAUGUCAAGGUCAAAUCCUUGACAACAGCAGAUGACAUAGCCCAUCAAAUAUCACCUGUUGUAGAAAAUAAUAUAGUUAAAAGGGGAAUAUUUGAGAUAUCAUUUAUAGUAGAGUUACCAGGAUUGAGCUUAUCAAAGUACCUGAUAUCUGCCUUACCUGGUCAGACCACACAACAACACUUGUCACAUAUUCACAUAGUGACUGAUCAAAGCAACAAUCUCAGAUUUGGAAAGUUUCCUACAGAUAAUUACACCUUACCCAUGUUCACCAUUGGUAAUGAACAUCUGACAGCAACCUUCUACUCAUGUAAUGGCAAAUUACAGUAUAUUAGUAGAAAUAAUUCAACAAGAUACAAGUCAGAAGUAAAGUUGAUGACCUAUGGAACGGGAUCCUGGUCUAAUCCAUUUAAAGACAAGAGUGGUGCAUACUUAUUUUUACCUGAUGGUAAUGCAAAGAAUUUGGCUGAGUCAAUAAAGUAUCUGUACAUAAUAAAAGGACAGAUAUAUUCCAGCGUGGUUGUUGGUUACCCAUCAAUAACACAAAUCUAUACUGUAUAUAACAUGGCAGGAUCAAAUGGUAUGGGAGUCCAUAUAGAAAACUUAGUCGAUAUAACUAAUGGUACUAUGUGGAAUAAUAAAGAACUUGUAAUGAGGAUAGAGACUGAUGUAAAAGAUACGAAUAAUCAGAUAUGUGUGGAUCUCAAUGGUUUUCAGAUGCACAGAAAGAGAACUAGAAAGAAAAUACCACUACAGGGAAACUUUUUCCCCAUGACUUCUAUGAUGUUGAUUGAGAAUAAUGUUGAUAGAGUUACAAUAGUAUCUUCUGAAACUCAUGGUGUAGCUAGUCUUUCUCCAGGUUGGUUGGAGGUUGUUCUAGACAGACGACUGAUUCAAGAUGAUUGGCGAGGUCUGUCUCAGGGAGUUACAGAUAAUGUUUUAACCAAAAGUCAGUUUGUUCUUUUGUUUGAAACCAGAAAUAUUUCUGCUAGUCAGAAACAAGGUAUCAUGUGUUAUCCUUCACCAACUGCAGAAGUUGUAUCCAAACUUCUUGAGCACCAUGUGAUCUCCAUGACAAAAUCUCCAAUUAGCAAUGCUGAUUGGUCAGUUAUGAAACUGUCAUCUCUCCCACAGAAGGAGAUACAUCUGGUGAAUUUAAGAUUCUUGUCAGUUGACAAUGGGUGUAUUGAGGUUUUGCUCAUCAUUCAUUCUACUCAACUAGAUUGUUCCUUCCCUAUAGCUGAAAAAGAUUGGAAGUCACAGCAUUCAAACCAUAGCAUGAAAAUCUCAAAACUGUUUGAAAACAAUGUGAUUACAUCUAUAAAACAGACUAUACUAACUGGUGUCAAGGUCAUUCGAACUGUUUUACCUGAGGAAGAUAUUUCAGUAAAUGUUAUGGAAAUAAAGACCUACAAAGUGACAGUCUGUUAAUGUUAUGUCAUGGUUAUCUUACACUAUACCCAAAGGAAUAUAUGUCAGUAAAUGUUAUGGAAAUAAAGACCUACAAAGUGACAGUCUGUUAAUGUUAUGUCAUGGUUAUCAUACUCUACACCCAAAGGAAGAUAUUUCAGUAAGUGUUAUGGAAAUAAAGAGCUACAACAUGACAGUCUGUUAAUGUUAUGUCAAGGACAUCAUAACUCUUCUGCCUGAGGAAAACAUCUCUGACCAAAGACUAUGAAACUUAGUACAUACAAAGUUAAAACCUGUUGAUUUGUUUUAAUUGUAUAAUUAUGAAUGACUUGUUUAUAAACCAUUAGAUUUCUUUUUUUAAAUAAA